CAAAGAAAGAAAACUCAAAAAUAAGAAAAGUCAUGAUAUCUCCAAUGAUAUUUUAAGUUCAGAUGAUGGAAAUAGUACAGAGGAUAAAAUUGAAUGGAUUGAUGAUCAAAUUGAGAAUGAGACAGAAUGCCUUUUUUUAGUUUUAAUUGAAAAUAUAAAGAUGUUAAACUUAUUCAAUAGUAGUUCUGGUGGUGAUUUUGGUGAUGAUUUUGGUGGUGACUCUAGUGGUAAUUCUGAUGGUAAUUCUGGUGGUUACUCUAGUGGUAGAUUAGGCAGUAAUCCUAAUAUUGAUUCUGAUGUCAGCUCUGAUGGUAAUUUGGGUGAUAUAAAAAAUAUACAAGCAUUUAUUGAUACAAUUGAAAACAAAUUAAAAUCUGAAAAUGAGCAUUUAACUCUAGAAUAUAAAAUCUGA